AUCUAUUGUUUUGCAAUGGUGAUAUUGACUGAGAAUGGCACCUACAAAAUAUGAACAACCCUCUUUCUUCGACCUGUUUAAGAUUCACUGCAGUGGUACAGAUUUAGGACCUAUAAGUCUGAACUGGUUUGAAGAACUCUCUGCUGAAGCUUUGCCAUUUGAGCCAAGGGUGUGCGAAGACCAUGAAUACCCGUCUGAUUGGUUAGGUGAAAAUGCCAUCCAAACACCUAAACAGAAACCAUCUACAUAUAGCCAGCUGGAAUCUACUCCAACCAUUUUUAAAGAGGAAGAUUUGUCUUCGCCACUUUUUCGUACACCAAGGAUAGAAGUGAAUAAAAGCCCUGGGACUGAUAAAAAUACCUGUCAUAAACUUGGAAGAAGUCCCAGUGUACAGCCACAUCUACCAAAUCAAGUGUUCAGUCCUUCAAGCAGAUGUCUCAAUGAAAGUCCUGCUCUUAUGAAAGAAAUAUUUAAAACUCCUUUACGCGAUAAAAAAUAUAUACCAAGAACACUACAAGAUGAGAAAUCAGACAUUUAUGGCAGCCUGUUUUGUACCCCACAGCUGAUAAGGAAUCAAUCCUCAAGAUGUAUUUCAGAAAGUCUUGGUGCUGUGGUAGAUCCAGAGAUGUCUUGGUCAAGUUCACUAGCUACACCACCUUCUCCAACUGUGAUAAUUGCCAAAGAUAAUGAUCCAGUAUCACGACCAAAGUCCUUUGAUAACAGAAAUGCUGUGAUUGUUCAGAGUCUUUUUUCCAAGUGCAAUAAUAAAACAGAGAAGGCACUGUCAUCUGAGAGAGAAGCCCCAAAUGAAACGAAUAAGACAGCUGAUGUAAAUCCAGAACAUUUAGUCAGCAUAAAGAAUGAAUGUGCCGGUGAACCAUCUAACAUAUUGAAGGCACCAUGGAGGCAAACUGUGUCAAAAGCACUGAAGGAUGAAGAGAUCUGUCAAACUGUAGAGAAUGUGCUUGAUGGAAUGGAGGAUGUCCUGUCAAUCUUUUUUACCAGUGACAAAAAUACUGGUCCACGAAAAGUGAAGAAUGAUAGCAGAGUAAGAAGGAAAGAUGGUAUGAAAUCAGAUGUUGUUCUAAAGACAAUAGAAAUGAUUGAUCAAGAUAACAAUUCAAUCCCUUUGGAAAACUGCAGUCGGUCUAACAAGGAAAAAAGAAAUUGCUUGCUAAAGACUAUCCGCUCUAAAGAAACGUCAUGCCAUAAUGACUGGUCCCAGCUUAACUUGAAUAUAAGUCAGAUUGGGGAAAUACCUUUGAAUGAAGAUGUUGUGACCCAUAAUGAUAUAAAUAAUGUUUGCAAAAUACCUUCAGAAUCCUUUACAACUGUCUCUUCUUCAUCUGGGCAAAGACUCAUAGCUACUGAAAACCCAUAUCUUAAUGAACUCAAUGAAUCUAUUAAAGAUCAAGAAAGUGCCCAAGAAAAUAUGUUUGGUAGAACGAAUUACAUGAAAGACCAUGAAAGUAAUAAAGAUAUCACAAUACAUGAAACGGGCAAACAAAUUAAUGCGGACCAGGGAGGGGAAGCUUCGGGAAACAUCCCACAGACAGAGAUUCCAAAAAAGAAAAUCAUGCUCUGUUCUUUGAAAAAACAAUCAAAAUUUGUUUACCUUAUAAAUAACGACGAAGUUGACAAAAAUAUAAAUGAAAAUAUUUGUGUUUCAUCCGUUCAUCAUUUAAGAAGCUGUGAAGGUCCAGAUAAAGAGAACAACGGUCAAGAAACACUGGAUUCUCACACCGAAAAUUGUGCACAGAGCGAGCCAAAUGCAGAACCCAAGGGAAAGGAAGAGAGUGAUCAGCUGUGUUUCAGUAAAAUGGACGGAUUCCUUCUAAGCAAGGAGAAUGAGGAAUUAUCUAGAUCUGAAUCCUCUCAGCAUUCAGAAGUGAAGCCAAUGGAGGAAGAUAAUGGUGGUAAAAUCUUAUCAAGUAUAAAAAGAAAGGUCUAUGCUACAGCUGCUCUUGUAGCUAAGAAACGACAGAAGGUUGAGUCUGUUUGUGAGCAGCACAUAAAGCAGUGUGCAGAGCAGGACAGAUAUAUUGUUCAGAUUAGCAGUGCUCAGUAUUACCAUUCAUCUCCCAUACAAACAAAACAAGGUGUUGCAAGUUUCAAUAUGUGUGUUUCCUCAAGCAAAGAUGUUCAGCCUAAUUUCGCUGAUAGAAAACGCGAAAAGUUAGAGUCUUUACCAUCUUCAUCAGACGAUCUGCAUUUACAAAACAAUCUCUUGCCAAACAACGCAUUAUUGAUAGAAAGGAUUGAAAAGAAGACAAUGAGUGAAAAUUCAAGCGAUAAACUAAAUGAAACAUGCUUAUAUAACCUAAACAUUGUCAAUUUAAAAGCUCAAACAGAACCACCCGAGCAUCUUGAAGCUAUUUUGUCUGAUACUAGAUGUUCUGAACAAGUCACUAACAUUGAUGGACUUAGUGAGCCACAGUCACACAACUCUCUCUCUCUAGCCCAAAAUAAUACAGAGUGUGCAGAUGUUAUUAGAAAAAUGAACACUAGCAAUUCUCCUAUAGCACACCCAGAAAAAAUGAAUAGGACAUUUGCUGGUUUUAAAACCGCAUCAAAUAAAAACAUUCACGUUUCAGAAGAUAAUCUCAAAAAAGGACAAAAUCUAUUUAAAGAACUAGAAGCUCAGAAGUUUGAUAAUGAAAAUAAAAUGGAGAGCAAAUUAAAUUUGUUGACAAGCUUAGAUGAUUCUACACCAGAAAGCAAUUUAAAGGGUUUCAAAACAGCAUCCAAUAAGCAAAUAAACGUCUCUGCAAGUAAACUUGCUAAAGGUAGAUUUUUGUUUAAAGAUAUCGAAGAUGUAAAUAGCCAAGUUUUAGGGGAUGCUAAAAAAUGCAAAGUAGAUCAAUUUGAUGAGUUCCCUAACACAUUAUCAAAUGCUUGUUUAGAUAAUAUUAUGAACAAACAUAGGGCACAAACGGAUAAUUCUGAAAGUGAAAACAAGGGGUUAAAGGCAAAAGUUAAGGAAAAUUCAAAUGUAAAUAACUUGAAUAUAAACAAACUUAACGACACCCAAAUAAAUAAGAGUCAUCAAACCAAUCAGAUAUCAAACCAUACAUUAUUAACCUCAAAUUCUGCUGCUGCAACAGUGAAGGAACCGAAAAUUCAGGGCUGCUCUACAAAAAUACUGUCUCAUUUAAAUGAAGUAUUGACUGAAAGUCAAAUAGCUGAAAUCAGUGAACUUUCUGCGAUUAUAGAAAAUGCAGGAAGCCAACUUGACUUUACACAGUUCAUAAAAGCUAGUGCUGGAGCAGCAAAUAGUGACAGCAGACAACACAAACCAGUAUUUUAUGAGGAAUCGCAGAACCUUAAUAAUUCAGAUGUAUGGAAAGAUGUUGACUUCAAUGAUAGCUUUGCUGUUGGAGAAGAAAAAACAGAAGACCAUGAAAUAGAUUUGAGUAAAAUAACUCUGAAUGGUUCAGAAAAGGCUGAAGAUAAACAUUAUGGCAAUGCUGAAUCCAGCACAUGUAACCUUGUAAAAUCUGAUUUUACAGACUCUGUAGCUAAGUCAUUGAUUGAUGAUAAAGGGUUUGAGGGAUUUAGUUUUGCAAGUGGUAAAAUGGUUAAUAUUACUAAGGAAGUGUUCACUAAAGCCGUCAAAUUAUUUAACGAUUUAGAUGACAGUAGUGAGUUGAAUAAAUAUUCUGUAAACUGCAAAAAAACACAGUUGUCUUUAGCAUUCACUUCUAAAGAUGUGAAAAACGAUAAGUUAGAAAGUACUAAAAGAAAUGUAACAGAGCGUGAUUCAUUACAUUAUAAAAAUGCCCAAUUUCAAGACAAAAAUGCUCAUUUGGACUAUAAUGUUGGGGGGAAAAGUCACAAGGAAACAUUACAUAUAAAUAGUUCUGAAAUUGCUAGUGAUGUAGGUUUGUCAGAUGUGUGUAGCUUGUUAACAGGCAAUCCAUCAUCUAACAUGACUUCGGAAAAAUUUGCUACUUACGAAAAACUGACAUCACUUACGGAACAUUUAGAAACUGAUAAGGAAGAACUGAACCAUCAAAAUAACCCUAGAAUGAUGCCGGCAAAAGGUUUCCAGACCGCUAGUGGAAAAAAUAUUACAUUUUCUGAGUCCUCUUUAGAAAAAGUAAGGAAAAUGUUUGCAGAUGACUGUCUUGAAAAUGCUACAGAAAGUUAUAAUAUAAAAAAUAUUAACAAUCACGCACAUGCUGAUCAGUCAAGAGCAAUCAGUUGCAGCACCCCUAAAAGCAACUUGGAGCAAAAACAAAUUCAAAUAUCUGAUUGGCAUCAAAAAGCCAUUGAAAGUGAUAUUACUUUUAAAGAUUUCAGUUUCUCCACAGCAAGGGGUAAAAAGGUUACAGUUUCCGAGGAUUCUUUAGCUAGGGUACGAAACCGGUUUACUGAUGAAGAACCAGCUCACAGACAAAAUAAAAGUAAAGGAAAUGCAAAGGAAAAUGUCACCAAUGAAAUCCGUGUUGAAACUUGUGCAGAUACUGUACUGAGUUUGGAAAGAAGAAAUAAAAGGAGCUUAAAUAAAAUGGACACCAGAGAGACUUUAGGUGUAAAUAAAUGUGUAGCGAGUACACCGCCACUUAUAUUCAAUACAGCAAGUGGAAAAAAUGUAGCUAUUUCUCAUGAAUCUCUGCGAAAAGCAAGGCAGAUAUUUUCUGAAAUCAGCAACGCAGAUGUGUUAGAUACAGCGUGUACAACACAGCCAACUAGUGAAAGUUUUACUGAAACUCAUGCAGAUACCCUGGUGAGUUCUGAAGGAAGGACAAAAAACAUCUUAAGUAAAAUGGACACCAGAGAGACUUUAGGUGUAAAUAAAUGUGUAGAGAGUACACCACUACUUACAUUCAGUACAGCAAGUGGAAAAAAUGUAGCUAUUUCUCAUGAAUCUCUGCAAAAAGCAAGGCAGAUAUUUUCUAAAAUAGGCAACGAAGAUACACUAGAUACUACAUGUAAAGCACAGCCUAGGCUGACUGGUGAAAAUUGUACUGAAACGUCUGAAGAUAACAUAAAUUCUGAAGGAAGAAAGAAAGAGAACUUAAAUAAAUUGGCCAGAGAGACUUUAGGUGUAAAAUGUGUAGCGAGCGUGUCUUCACUUACAUUCAGUACAGCAAGUGGAAAAAAUUUGACUAUUUCUCAUGAAUCUCUACAAAAAGCAAGGCAGAUGUUUUCUGAAAUCAGCAACGAAGAUACAGUAGAUACUGCAUGUAAAGCACAAACAAUGCCAACUAGUGAAGAUUGUACUGAAACUUCUGAAGAUACCAUUAUAAGUUCUGAAGGAGGAACGAAAAACAGCUUAAAUAAAUUGGCUAGAGAGACUUUAGCUGUAAAUAAAUGUGUAAUGAGUGUGCCUUCACUUACAUUCAGUACAGCAAGUGGAAAAAAUGUAGCUAUUUCUCAUGAAUCUCUGCAAAAAGCAAGGCAAAUGUUUUCUGAAAUAGGCAACGAAGAUACACUAGAUACUGCAUGUAAAGCACAAACAAGGCCAACUAGUGAAGAUUGUACUGAAACUUCUGAAGUUACCAUCAUAAGUUCUGAAGGAAGAAGGAAAAAGAGCUUAAAUGAAUUGGCCAGGGAGAAUUUAGGUGUAAAUAAAAGUGUAGCGAGCGUGUCUUCACUUACAUUCAGUACAGCAAGUGGAAAAAAUGUAGCUAUUUCUCAUGAAUCUCUACAAAAAGCAAGGCAAAUGUUUUCUGAAAUUAACAACGAAGAUACAGUAGAUACUGCAUGUAAAGCACAAACAAAGCCAUCUAAAAUUCUGCCAAAUUAUCCCGAACAUGAAAAUGAGGACAGCAUUAGCUCAAAAUCUUUGCCGCUGUGUAGUUCCCUUAAAUCCUCAUCAUUUAGUUUUGCCAGUGCAAGUGAAAAGGAGGCACCAGCAAAUAAAACAAUUGUAAAACCUAAUAGAGUGAGUUACACUAAAAGAGAUUCUGAAGAUGCAUCAAACACGCUAUCCCUUCUUCAAAAUGAUUCUGUAGCUAAUCUUGUUAAAUAUGAUAUUUUGCCUCAGCAAAAUGUUUCCAUUCCCAAGACAGUGGGUUUUAGCACGGCAAAUGGCAAAGCCGUACAGUUGUCAGAUGAGUCUUUGAAAAAAGCCAAAAAGAUGUUUUCUGAAAUAGAUAAUAUUCACUUUCAACCUCCAGAAAAACAAGAUCAGUUUGAUAGCAAAAUAACUGUGAAAGAGAGGGAAACAAAAAUAUCCGUAGAAGGGAAGUUAGAAUUUAAGAAAGAUACAAAAUUAUCAAACAGUGAACAUCCCAUUAAUAAAACCAAUAAUAUGAAUACUUUGGGUUUUAGUACUGCUGGCGGAAAGCAAGUUUCAGUGUCUGAAACUGCCCUCCAGAAAGUAAAGGGAUUGCUACACGAAUUUGAUUCUAUGGAGAACUUCAAAGAAGAUGAUGUGCUUUCUAGAAAACAAUUAUUGUUUGAAAAUAGUGAGUUCAAUUCAAGACCAAUGACACUUGAGCAAGCAUCAGCUUUGCAUAAGACCUCCACCUGCAAGCAAUAUAAUAAAGAAAGUAGUUUGAUAAAGGAGUUAAAGAAACCUGUAAAUCUACACCCCAUAUGCCACAGUCCACUUUAUGUCUGUGGAAGAGACUCUACACCAGCGCUUAAAGAAAUGUCUGGAAUACCCAAUACAUCAAAAGCAAAGUUACAUUAUACAUCUCACACCCCAAAGAACUAUUUUGAAAUAGAAGCUGCAGAAAGUGCAAAAGCUUUCAUGGAUGAUGAUGAUUUGACAGAUGCUGGGUUGUUUUUAGCAGAAGCCGAGUCAUAUUCAAACAAAACGGCAAACAUUAGAAUUGGUAAAAGAUUAAGAUCAGAAGAUGGAACAUCUCGUGGGGAACCUCAAAUCAAAAGACAGCUAUUGCCUGAGUUUGACAGAGCCACGGACAGUCACUUAAAGCCACUGGUCAGCUCUCCAGAUGGUAUGCUAAAGGAUAGAAGGAAGUUUUUAUACAAAGUUGCUUUAGAACCAGUAACCUGUGAUGCUGAAAGUCUGUUUAAACGAAGCCCUAAUGUUCGUACCUCCACAUUUUCUGCACCAAACAAGUUGCAUGUUAAAGCAAACAUUUUCCAACACUCAUCAUCUCUGAAAUCAGAAGAGGUUUCAGCUGUUGCUAUAAAUCAAAUGAGCAGCUCCGUCCAGAGAUCAAAUAAAAUACCUGUAGCUAAAAAAGCUGCAAACACCUUUAUCCCUCCAUUUAAAAAGAAUCCUGACACUCUGCCCUACAAUAAGACAAGUCAAGGGCCAAAGCCUGAAUGUGAUGUUGCCAACGAUUCUAGAAAAGAAAAUGAAGAUAAUUUAACAUCAGAUAUUUCAGAAAAGAAUAUUGAUGAACCUGAUUUUUCACAAAUGAUAACAGACCUUCAGUGUGCCAGAGACAUGCAGGAAAUGAGGAUUCGUAAGAAACAAAGACAAAGAAUUAAACAACAAUCGGGUUCAUUGUAUCGGCUAAAAACAUCUUCUGCAGCGAGAAUUCCUCUUCAGAUAGCAGUGCAAGGAAUCAGACCUGCUAAAUAUUCAGAGAAACAGCUACACAUGUAUGGAGUUGUGAAAACUCACAUUGGAGUUAAUAGUGAGAAUGCUGCAUCAUUUCAGUUUCACUGUUUGGAUUAUUUUACAAAAGAUCAUCUCCUUUCUGGAAAUGGAAUACAGUUAGCAGACGGUGGCUGGCUCAUACCAUCUGAUAAAGGAAAAGCAGGCAAAGAAGAAAUAUACAGAGCAUUUUGCGACACUCCUGGUGUGGAUCCUAAACUAAUUUCACCAGAAUGGGUUUAUAAUCACUAUCGCUGGAUCGUAUGGAAGCUUGUUGCUCUGGAAGUAGCUUUUCCACAAGUGUUUGCAAGUAGGUGCCUGACACCUGAAAGAGUGCUCUUACAACUGAAGUACAGAUACGAUGUAGAAAUUGAUAAAAGCCAUCGAUCUGCCAUCAAAAAAAUAAUGGAAAGAGAUGAUUCCCCAGCUAAAACACUUGUGCUUUGUCUCUCUAAAAUCAUUUCGCUUGGCAGUGGCUUGUCAGAUUCAUGCAAUAAAAAAAGUGAAUCUGCAGAGGUGAAGCCAGCUUCUGCUAUCAUUGAGGUAACAGAUGGCUGGUAUAGUAUUAAGGCUCUUCUAGAUCCUGCACUUACGGCACUGCUACGUAGAGGGCGACUUUUUAUUGGGCAGAAGAUAGUAGUGCACGGUGCAGAACUCACUGGCUCAGAUGAUGCGUGCACACCACUAGAGGCUCCAGAGACCAUUAUGUUAAAGAUUUCUGCUAACAGUACUCGCCCAGCAUGCUGGUUUACCAAACUUGGAUAUUUCCGAGAUCCUAGACCUUUUUGUCUCUCAUUGUCCUCCCUUUUUAGUGAUGGGGGUAUUGUUGGGUGUGUUGAUGUAGUGAUUCAGAGGAUUUACCCAAUGCAGUGGAUGGAGAAAAUGGUAAAUGGAACUUAUGUUUUCCGCAGUGAUCGAGCAGAAGAGAAAGAGGCUGAAAAGCAUUCAGCAAAGCAACAAAAAAACCUUGAAGUUCUGUUUGCAAAAAUUCAGGCUGAGUUUGAGCAGCAGGAAGUGUUUAACAAUAAAAAGGGGCCUAGGAGACGCUCUUUCAACGAACAGCAAAUCCGUGCUCUUCAGGAUGGAGCUGACCUCUAUGAAGCCAUUCAGAGUGAAUCCGACCCUGGAUAUCUUGAGUCAUGCUUGACCACUGAACAGCUGAGGGCUCUUCACUGUCACAGGCAACUUUUAAAUGAGAAAAAACAAGCACAGAUCCAAGCAGAGUUCAGGAAAGCCAUUGAGUCCAGUGAGCAAGGCCCAAAUGGCUGCAUAAAGAGGGAUGUGACACCUGUAUGGAAAAUGCGCAUUGCAGACUACAGAGAGCAGGACAAAGACACAGCAUAUAUAUUGAAUAUAUGGCGUCCUAUACCAGAUGUACUUACCAUGUUAAAGGAAGGUUGUCGCUUCAAAAUGUAUCAUUUGGCAACAUCUCAGUCAAAGGGCAAAUCAGAAACCGCUGAUGUACAAUUCACUGCUACAAAGAAAACUUGUUUUCAGCAAAUGCAGCCCUCACAGAGCAUCAUGAAACCGAUUUACCAUCCACGGGAAGUAAUUCCAUUCGUUGGGUUCCGGGAACCUUCUUUCAAAGCACCAUACUCAGAAGUUGAUGUGGUGGGAUUAGUGAUAUCUACAUACAAAAAGCCAGGCACGGCACCAAUAGUUUAUCUAUCUGAUGAAGCUUAUAAUUUUGUAGCCAUAAAGUUUUGGACAGAUCUUGGGCAACUUGGCUUUGAAGAGAUCACAAAGCCUUGCACAUACAUUGCUAUUAGUAACCUUCGCUGGAAAUCAGACUGUACAUCUAACAUUCCAACAGUGUAUGCUGGAGACCUGUCCCUUGUUUGUACAAAUCCAAAGGAGUGCCAUCUUCAAAAUGCAAUUCAGCAGCUUAAGAAUUCUAUUAAGUGUGUUCAGGAUUUUCGCAAUGAAGCAGAAAACAAACUUAGGAAAGUAAAUAGCACAGAGGAGCAACAUACUCGAGCAGACAGAGGCCUAGAUCCACAUACGCCUACUUGGAAGUCAGGAUAUUCCAGAGGAAAAAACUGUCUGACCCCAGUUGCCUUUAGUGAACAAAAGCAGAGGGAUCCAGAAUACACACCCGACCAAAGGACGUCACAUCCUGAUGGCAGUGGAGAAAUGGAAUUGAAAAUUUGCAAAAAGAGAAAAGCCAUGGACUUUCUUAGUCGGAUCCCAUCACCUCCACCUGUAACACCAGUGCGGCCACUUGUUUCUCCGGCACUGCAGAAGGCAUUCCGACCCCCUCGGAGUUGCACUAUUCAGAAAGGCCUUACUGAAAUUAAAGGAAGCACUGAGAAUAUCAAAACCACACUGUCCCUAAGGGCUAGUAAUAACGUGACAAACUCAGAGGAUGGAUUUGUAGCUGAUGAAGAACUGGCCAUGAUAAAUACACAAGCACUCAUGAUGGGGUUAGAAACAGAAAAAACAAUAACUGAGGAAGCAAGUAAAAAUGGUUCAAGAGAAACUAAGAACAAUCCCCCAAAUGAAAGUGUUUUGCCCACUAAUGGUUCACAGUCUAAGUUAUUAAGCGUCCAUCCUCUACGUAAGAAGACUCAAAAAGGUAUUGAGGCUCCUCAGAUGUGCAACAGGAAACUGAGGAACCGCAAAUAGAUCUGGUGAUGAGCGGUCACGAGCCAUUCCUCCUGAGAAUUCCACUCCUGGC